AUGACACUUGCAUUAUACGUAAUAAGACAUGGAGAACGUAUAGACCAUGUAGAGCCAAGUUUUCUUUACACCUCAACAACUCCAUAUGACCCACCAUUAACCCCAAGAGGAAAACGACAAGCAAAGCAAACCGGAACCUUUAUAAAUACACUUCAACAAGAAAACGUUUCAACAAAAAGGAACGUAGAGUAUAACAUUACAACGAGCCCGUUUGUACGUACGACCGAAACAGCCAUUAAUAUUGCAAAAGGAAUAUUUGAGUCAAAGCCAGAAUCAAAGAUAAAAAUUAGAAUCGAUUCAUCAUUAGCAGAAUGGCAUAAUUCAGCUUAUUAUGCUCAAGCUGUACCAAACAAUAUUAUUGAUAAAAGAUUUGAAGAAUUACGUGAAAAGAUUGGUAAAGAAAAUGAUGAAUAUCCCUUUGAAUUUGAUGAAUCUUAUACACCAGUAUCUAGUAUACUUCCUAAAUAUCCCGAAGGAAUACAUGAAGUAGUUAAAAGGUGUCAAAAUGCUUUAUUAGAAAUUUCUUCUCCAUAUAUUCAAAAAAUUAAGCAAGAUAGAAAAUUAAAUACCGAUGUGGUAUUGAUUCUUGUUACUCAUGGGUUCUGUUUUAAUAUUAUUCAAGAAGCUUGUUCUAAAGUUAACAGUUGGAGAGAUGCUGGUUACUGUGCAGUAUCCAGAGCUAAAUGGAUACCGAAAGAAGAUGAUGAAGUUCCUGAUAUACAAAUUACCGUUAGUAAUGAUGAAGCAGAUUGUGAGAAAAGUGAAAUUCAAAGAAAAAAUGAAGAAGCUAUUAAUGUUUUAAACGCGGCUAAUCCUAAUGGAAGAUGGAAUUUAGAUGUUAUUGUCCAUACUGAUCACUUGAAAGGAAUUUAA